CUCACUAUACACAUCCAUCAGAGCCAUAUAAAUAUACAUGGCUCCAUGGCCAUCUCCUCUCAACAACUUCAUCGAUCUCCCCUAUAUCUUUACAGGGAUAUUAAUUCCAAGAACAACACAAGAACAAUUUUCGUUCUCUAGCUCCUAGAUUGUUUGAGAAGAGGAGGCGAUCGAUCGAAUCGACGAUUCGAUCGAACGGCCGGCGAACACUGAUCAUCAAAGAUAAAAUUAAUGGUGCCAUCUGCAGAGAUGAAGAGGGGUUGUGAAGAUGAACUUGGAGCUGGUGAUGUGAUUCUACGAGGGGUGGAGGAGGUAGAAGAGGAAGAUGAUGAUGACCUGGUUCUCCCCGGAUUCCGGUUCCAUCCUACCGACGAGGAGCUAGUGACGUUCUACCUUCGCCGGAAGAUCGCCGAGAAGCGGCUGAGCAUCGAGAUCAUCAAGGAGAUGGACAUCUACAAGCAUGAUCCCUCCGACUUCCUCAAGACGAGCACGGUGGGCAGCGAGAAGGAAUGGUACUUCUUCUGCCUUCGAGGGAGGAAGUACAGGAACAGCAUCCGACCCAACCGGGUCACCGGCUCCGGCUUCUGGAAGGCCACCGGAAUCGACCGCCCAAUCUGCUCUGCCGCCGGCGGCGGCGGCGGCGACUGCAUCGGCCUCAAGAAGUCGCUCGUCUACUACCGCGGCAGCGCCGGCAAGGGCACCAAGACCGACUGGAUGAUGCACGAGUUCCGCCUCCCUCCGCCGCCCGCCGACGACCUCGCCGCCGGCCGCUCCUCCCCUCCUCCGAGCCUCCAAGAAGCGGAAGUUUGGACCAUCUGCCGAAUCUUCCAGAGGAACAUCACCCACAAGAAGCAGCCGCAGCCGCAGCUCGCCGUCGCCGCCGCCGCGGUGCCGGCGCCGGUGCCGGACGCGACGAGCUCGAUCACCGGCAGCCUCGAGUCCGACAGCGCCGGCGACGACGUCGUCGAGUACAUGAACACCCUCCAGCCGCCGCCGGCGAGCAACGUGAACGGUGGCUACAGCAACCAGCGCUACUUCCAGGAGCAAUGGAACAGUAGCAGCAAUGAUAAUACCACAGUGUUUCAUCAGCAUGCGGCGGCGGCGCCACCGCCGGAGCCUUCGCCGGCGACGGCGAUGGCCGGAUUCGGCCAUGAUCAGAGCGUUCUCAGCUCGCCGGCGCCGAGCGAUUUCUACUACAAGGAUGGAUGCAACGAUGACAUUUACAGGAUGGUGAUGGAGCUCGCCGAUCCGAGCUUGUUCUAUGAUCAUAUAUAUGCUUAAUUAGGUUGAUUUUUUUUUUACAGUUUGUAGCUCAGUUUUUAAUUUGUUACAGAGAAUUAAGCUUUGCAGCAGAGACAAUUAAUGAGCACCCAAAAAAAAAUCUGUCGACAAAUCAGGAGACUGGCAUGUAGGGCCCACAUGAGGGAAGUUCUGAAGAGUGAAGAAGGUGAAAUUAGGAUAGAUGUUGAUGGCCGAGAGGCCCUUUGUUGAUUUUUUUUUGUUAUUUUUCUUGUAGGCAGUAAUAAUUGUCAAUGUGUAUCUUAUAGGGGAUUAUGAGUGAUUGAGUGUUAUAAUUGUAAGUACAUAUUAAUUUAACAAAAAUGCCUAGCCUCGGACGUACGCCAGAUACAACCCAAAUGGUUGGGCACCCUCAAAUUCACCUCUCUUUCUUUUCUCUAUGUGCCAUGCUCUGUACUCAAACUAUGAAUACAUGCAUGCACGAAGACUAUCAACUAAUAUUAAAAAUUUUUUCUUCUAAA